CGCUGCUGUCCUCAGUCUGAAGGGAACAUCAGGACUCUACAGGACCCUACUGGAUUCUACAGAACUAUGAAGAACUCUGCACCAAUCUACCGGACUCUACUGGAGCCUACUGAACUUUAAGAAACUCUACUGGACUCUACAGAACACUGUAGAACUAUACAGGCCACUUUGGGACUUCCUGGAUCUCUCCAGGACUCUCCAGGACCAUGGACUCUCGGCAGCAGCUGCAUCUCAGGAGAAAGAGGACUAAGAGAGAAUGGAGACCGCUGGAGGACCGGAGCUGCACCGACCUGCCGUGGCUCCUGCUCUUCACCGUCUUCUGCGUUGGCAUGGGCAGCAUCUGCAGCUUCACCAUCGUCACCGGCGGCGCCGCUCGCCUCGUGUUCGGAUACGACAGCUACGGCAACACAUGUGGGCGCCGCAACGAGGUAAUCGAAGGCGUCCGGCUGAGCGGCCUGGACCACACUGACAGAAAGUUCAUCUUUUUCUUGGAUCCGUGUAACGUGGACAUCGUCCAGAGGAAGAUCAAGUCCACGGCUCUAUGUGUGUCUCUGUGUCCCACCGAGGAACUGAAGACCUACCAGGACCUCAAGAGCUUCGCUAUGCUCAACGGUUCGGAGUUGUGUUCCUACGAGCUAGCAGGUCAUAAAUAUCCGGCUCUACCCGAGAGGUUCUCUAAAUGUCCCAAGCUUCCUGUUCCCCCCAGCAAGCCGUUGCCGGUGUUUAAUCGCUGUACUCCGGUGGAUAUUUCCUGCUAUGCUAAGUUUGCUGAGGCCGUAGUGACCUUUGUGAGUGAUAACAGCGUUCUCCACCGUCUAAUCGCCGGUGUUGCUGCCAGUAAAGAGAUCAUCAUCGGCCUGUGUGUUCUGGCUCUGGUCCUCUCCAUGAUCCUCAUGGUGAUAAUUCGUUACAUCUCAGCCGUCCUUGUGUGGAUCCUCACCGCGAUGGUCGUCCUGGGAUCCCUCGCGGGGACCAGCGUCCUCUGGUGGCUUUACAUCGACCACCGGCUUUACGGGAAUUACACCACCAAUCAGGUGACGGAGGAGGCGGAGCUUAACAGGGAAAACGGCCAGGCACUGCUCGUUUACGCCGGCGCCGCCACCGCCUUCACUAUCAUCUUGCUGCUGUUGAUGCUGUUCAUGAGGAAACGAGUGGCUCUGACCAUCGCUCUGUUCCACGUGGCGGGAAAAGUCUUCAUCCACCUGCCCCUCCUCACCCUGCAGCCCUUCGUUACUUUCUUUGCCCUCCUGCUUUUCUGGAUUUACUGGAUCCUGGUCUUGCUCUUCCUGGGUACCAGCGGGAACUCCGUCCAGAACGAAGAGACGGGUCUAACAGAGUUCAGACUGACGGGUCCUCUGCAGUACCUGACCUGGUACCAUGCGGUGGGUCUGGUCUGGAUCACUGAGUUCAUCCUGGCCUGCCAGCAGAUGACUGUGGCCGGAGCUGUGGUCACCUACUACUUCACCAGGGACAAGAACCGGCUCCCGGUGACCCCGAUCCUGUCGUCUGUCCUGAGGCUGGUAAGGUAUCACCUGGGAACGGUUGCUAAGGGAGCCUUCAUCAUCACGCUGGUCAAGAUCCCCCGACUUUUCCUCAUGUACAUCCACAACCAGCUUAAAGGAAAGGAGAACGCGUGUGCUCGCUGUCUGCUGAAGACUUGCAUCUGCUGUCUGUGGUGUUUGGAGAAGUGCCUCAACUAUCUCAAUCAGAAUGCUUAUGCAGCCACGGCGAUCAACAGCACCGGCUUCUGCACGUCUGCCCGCGACGCCUUUGUGAUCCUGGUGGAGAAUGCUCUGCGUGUCGCCACCAUCAACGCUGUGGGAGACUUUGUGCUUUUCCUGGGGAAGGUCCUGAUCGUGACGUCAACGGCCUUUGCUGGUGUCCUUCUGCUGAACUACCAGCGAGAUUACGCCGAGUGGUUGCUGCCUCUGAUCAUCGUGUGUCUCUUCUCCUUCCUGGUGGCUCACUGCUUUCUCUCCAUCUUUGAAAUUGUGGUGGACGUCCUCUUCCUCUGCUUCGCUAUCGACACCAAGUACAACGACGGCACUCCGGGGAAGGAGUUCUUCAUGGACAAAGCUCUGAUGGAGUUCGUGGAGAGCAGCCGGCGGCUAGGGCGAGCCGUGGAGCGUGGGCGGAGCCGGGUGAAAGCAGCGGUGUCAGAGGGGGCGGGGAUAAAGCCCAUGGCUCCGGGGAUUUCAGCUUGACCAAAAUCAGCCAAUGGGACUUCUUAAAAAGAACAGAGACAUUCCAAAUGUUUAUUUUUAUCAACGUGUAACAUGUUUACUAUGGUUUCACUCCAGGGAAAAGAUAUUUUAAUACAAACUGUAAAAACGUAACAAUGUAAUGAAGCACUUUAUAUCGAAGCGCUGCGGAUUUGAAACCGACUGAUUUACUUUUUUUUAAAUGUCUCAUUGAUCAAACUGCACCUGGACGGCAUGUUGGAUCAGGAGCGCUGUCAUCCGAGAAGCGGAGUUUGUGAACGGGCCGCUCCCGGUGUGAAACGUUGAUGGCCGUCGUCAUGGAAACGCACUCUGAUAAUGACCUGAGGAGAAAUCUGAUUGGCUGAUGAUAGUUCAGUGGCUACACUUUCAGAAUACAUGUCACAACAAACUGGCAACAACUUGCAGGUGAAGGUCAUGUGACCAGGGACGUAAUUUGUGGGGGGAAACACAAAUGCACUUUUUCAAAAGCCCGUUUUGCUCCCCUGCUGUUUUUACCGUCCAAUAACAAUGUUAUGCUGUGACUCGUCCAGCACUAGGACCAAGCGGAAAAAUGGCCGCUCGAGCUGAAGCCUGUUUCCCUUAGUUUAGACCCGCCCACAAGCUCCUCGAUUGGCUCUGCUGUUGCUUGUGUCAAGCGGCUGUUGCCGCUGUCACUUCAUCAGGUGGUAAAGCGGUGCGCUAGUUGCCGAGGACUCGAGUCCCUGUUACUCUGAACAACGUUUGUUUUGCCUGGGUCACGUCAGCUAGAAGGAUUGUGUGACCCCUGGACACAAUUGGGUGAUAAUGUUUUGCUACGUGCUUUACAACCAGUCAAACCAAAACGGGAACAGUAAACUUAAAAGUAGCAAUAGAAAACUAGAAGAACUACUAGAAAACACAGUGAACUGAAAAAGUUAGAGUUUUAUUAAAAAUACUUGUGUCCCCCCCACUUCUGAAAUCAAAAUCUCGUCCCUGCAUGUGACCAACUAGCCCAGAUAGCACCAUUUAACAGGCUAAUGAACCCAAUACAGCCUGUUUAAUACAUGUGAUCAUGGUUUAGUUUCCAAUAAUCAUGGUGACAUCAAUGCGGCGUCUUCUUCUUUAUCUCGUAUUCCUGCAUACGUGAACUCAAUAUGAAUUCAGACAUUUGCUCCUUUUCAAAUGUUACCUACGUUCCCCAAAUCACCGGUGUGUCAACGUGAGAUCACUUCCACCUGAGAGAAAACAUUCUGUUAUAAAUAUGAAUGAUAAGUUGUAAAGUUGAUUGAAUGGUGUAAAACUAAAGUGGAACUUCUUACCUUUCUAAACAAACAUGGUUUGAAUCAUUUCCUGAAGCUUUGACUUUACAAUGGGAUGCUAACGGCAAUCAAUUAGCCCUUUUCUCCUGUAAACAUGGCCGCUGCUGCUUUUGCUUAAACAAGCAGUUUUCUCUGUGAUGCCCGUGGAUGAAAGUAAGAAGCCUCUCGAGGGUCGGUUUAGCUGAUCUGCCGCCAUGAUGAACACAUUGUUGUGGUCAUCCUUCUCCUUGGUCCGAAUUCCUAUCACCAUGAAGGUCGCCCCCAUCAACUUCAGAGAGGAAGAAGCGUGUGGGUGGAGCUUCCUGAGAAGUUUGGACAGUCAGCAAUAAAACAAACUGCAUCAUGUGACCAACAACAACAUCAACAAGUCUUCCUGCUUCAGUUUGCUCAUCAUUUCCACAUGUCGUCUCAGAUAGGAAGUGUAGAACACCACUUAGUGUCCAACACGUCACACAAAAAGUGCAUGACAUCAUUUAUUGUUCACAACAUGUCAGACAGGAAGUGUAUGACAUCACCUAUUGUUGGACAUGUCUGACAGAACGGGUUUCUCAUAGUUUCCAUUGGCUUAUAAUUAAAUAAAGUCAACUACAAAGUAAUAUACAGGACUUUACUAAAUAUUACAAUGGAAUCUUAAAAGCUUCAGUAGAUUGUCUGUCAGAUGAAAUAUUACUAUUGAUCCUUCUAAAAACAUUAAUGCAGGCUUUAGUUUAGCAACAAUGAGAAUACUGAUUGGCAGAGGUUUGCUGUCAUUGUGUCUUUAUGUCUGUUUUAAAAGAUAAGGGAGUUAAACUGAAAAUACUGCUUACCAGACUCCAUUAACAUUUUCCUCAAGACUAACUUUUUGUUAUCUGAUCCUUUGGGGUUUUGGUGUAAUCUCAACGUGCACUUAUCGACCAACACAGACGAGAGCUGUUCUGGCUCCAGUUUGUGGUUGUCAUGGUAACUGUGUUUGAACUUGUACAGGACCAGUUGCAUGUCCAUGUUUUUCUCAUUGUCACAAAGCGUCGGUGAAUAAUCUGCUGUUAGAUAGAAUUCUGUCUUCACAUUUGCGUUUCCUCUCCUUUGUAACAUUGAAAAAACAAUUAUUUUUUUUCUGGGUGGACUUUUUAUAUUCAUCAUUUGUUUUGUAAGAAGAAAUAAUAAAAUAGAAAACUGAAUCUGUAA